AAGGUCAAGUUGUUGCAGUUGUGGACGAUCGUUUGAGCCAGUCUGACCUAUUCUUUUCCACACUCACUGCUGUUUACUCAGCUUUAUUAUUCUUCAUUGUGAAUUCGGGAAGACUUGCCCGAUCUCAAAAGUAUACCCAACAUAUUACGACAUGUCUAUUGACUUGGAAUGGAACAAACUAGACUCCUCACUGGCAUUAUCCUUAGUCGACGUGCUCAACAGGCAACUCGCCAAUACGCCGCGUCCCUCUUUUAUCGGACCAAUAGAAGUUAGUUCUCUUGAUUUCGGGACGACGGCCCCCGACGUAGAACUCGUCGAUCUCCGUGACAUAUAUCGCGACUUCCUCGAGGACGAUGAGGAGGAAGACGUGGAUAAAGAACCUAUCAAGGUCACCGAGGGUCCUGGAGGGGAGGACGAGGAUGGUUUUGAAUGGGUGUCUAGGAAAGCUGCAAGGGCACAGACUAUUGCAGAGGAGAUACCUGCGUAUUCCCUGCUGCCGCCUCACAUGCGGUAUGGGCAAGGGAGACCACAGGACAUGUUCGCGUCCACACCAGGUCUUAGGUCACCGAGGGAUAUGUGGACUCCUGCACUUGCGCAUUUGACAGAGCUCAGACCGACAUAUCCUUUUGCGCCUGGAUAUGCUUCACCCAUGUUCCGUUCAAUGUCCGCUGGAGCAUUUCGACCACCACUUGCUCCUGCCCUUUCGCAUUCUCAUAUGCCGGAUGUUACCCCGGACAAAUCAUUAUCAUCUGAAGAGGAGACCCCGACGAAAGCCAAACCACCCACACAGCCAAACCUACAAGUCCACCUUCACGUAACGUGGCAUUCCAACCUUCGCCUUACUUUCACGACGUCCCUCCUCAUCAAUUACCCUUCUCCAAUGUUCAUGUCCCUCCCAAUUAAACUUUCUGUAACAGGCCUUCUUUUCGAUGGCGAAGUCGUCGUUGGAUAUGAAGGCGAACGUAGACGAAUACACCUCUGCAUCGUCGACGAGCUCGACCCAUAUUGUCCUCUAGCAACUGAUCGUCCAAAACGUGAUACCCCUUCGUCUGGUGGUACGCCACCUGAAGAUGACGAGGGAAUCACACCGGGGUCAAUGGCAAGCCAUAAUCGCCAGAACAAACCUCUCCCUGUGGGACAACGGCUCUUGCCCACUAUUGAGAUUGAGAGCGAGAUUGGGCAGACUGACAAACAUGUGCUGAAGAAUGUAACCCGCGUGGAGCGAUUCAUCCAGGAUGUGAUUCGGAAGACCGUCGAGGAGGAACUCGUAUUUCCUAACUUCCACACGCUUGUCUUACCUGAUCCUGAAUGAAAUUCGCCUAACAUCAUCGCUGUUACCCUUCAUAGUUUGAUAAGCAAUACGCCUUAUUAAAUCCCUCGUCGAAGA